AUGAAGAUCGAAAAGUCGGGGUAUGAUGUAUGGGGUCGGUCGCGAACAAAUGGCACGAAGAUUUUGGUACCGCCAUAUCUUGAAAAUGCAUUCAAGGACAUGAUGAAUGAGACAGGAAUUUCUAUAAAAGUGCUUCGUAGGAAUAUAAAAAGCGUCGUAGAUCGGUCAAGAAAGGCUCGACGCCAAAAUACGCGUCGAUUUAUCGGCACCUCGAAAAAUAGCUUCGAUUUUGACCGAUUUCUGCGAUAUGAAGAAAUUAUUAAUUUCAUACAUAAUUUAGUGAGACACAGUAAAUACGCGGAGAUUAUUAAUAUAGGAAAUAGUUUCGAAGGAAGACCAAUUAUCGGCUUGAAAAUAGAAGGAUCUAAGAAUAUUCCGAAAAUAUUUAUUGACGCUGGUAUUCACGCUCGCGAAUGGGCGGCUCCGAUUACAGCCUUAUACUUGAUGAAGAUGAUGGUUGAUCACGAGGAUACGUUGCAUGAGAAAAUUUCAAUUUAUGUUAUCCCUGUAGUGAACCCAGACGGAUAUGAGUACUCCCACACUGUAGAUCGUUUCUGGCGAAAGACUAGAUCGAGAAUUGAUGGCACCGAAUGUGUCGGGACUGACGCAAAUCGCAAUUUUAAUUCACACUGGGCCGAGUUUGGAGCCAGUCCAGAUCCCUGCUCGGACAUAUUUCCAGGACUUGAAGCUUUUUCAGAACCGGAAACGCAAGCGAUACGCGAUACUAUUUUAGCGAUCGAACCAGAUUUAUAUCUUACCUUUCACAGUUACGGCCCGAUGCUGCUGUAUCCUUGGGGUUUCACAAAGUCUUUGCCGAGUAAUUGGCAGGAAUUGGACAAAUUAGCGAAGAUUGCAGCGCACAAAUUGAAACAGCUGAACGGACAGGAUUAUACUAUUGGCAGCUCUGCAAAUGUCCUCUAUUUAGCGUCUGGAGCAAGCGACGAUUGGGCGAUGCAAGUGGCAAAGGUGCCACUAGUUUAUACCAUGGAAUUACCAGAUUAUGGCGAAGGAUUUAUAACACCAAUAGAAAAAAUAAAGCCCAUGGUUAGGGAAACUUACAAGGCUUUUAAAGUAUUUGUGAAAUAUGUCUGCGCUCUUCGCCAUAUUAAUUGUUCAUAA